GUGCACAUGUGAGAUUUCCACACGUAUGUAUGAAUAUAGUGUGUGUGUGUGGGGGGGUCAAUAUUUUGGGGAGGGGCCGGGGUGCUAAGGGAAACUUUGCCUCAUCCUCUCCUCACAUUAUCACACAGUCCAGAAUAACAUGGACUAAACACUAAAAUACAAUUCAUAUAAUGUAACACACACACACACACACUCACAGAUCUUAAAGUAACAGUAAUGACAGGGACGCCAUGGUAACUGAGGUAACAAAGGUGCUAUGAAUUAAUACAAACAUCAGUCAGCCCUGCUGAGUCACAGUGUACGUGUGUUUGUGCAUGUGUAUUAAGUGGGUGUCCCCUUGUUGAGGAAAGAAAAAAAAAAAAAGGUCCCCCACGUUUAAUCUGAGGAGGCCAUUCACUCGUGUUCCGUCGCUGCCACUAACUGUCACCACAAUAAUUGUGUGCGUGUGUGUGUGCAUGUAAUUGGGGGUUUGGAUGAUGAUGAUGAUGUCACAAAUUCCACAUUUCCAUAGCCAGAUUGAGAAUGUGUGGGGUAGUGGGGCCAUAAAUUGAUCACUACGUUUUCCUGCUUUGUGUGUGUCCAUGCGUGUGUCAAAUCGUUAUGAUUUUUUUAUUGUCACAUUGGAAUUUUCAUUUCAUCUUCUUUUAGGCUGUGGAGCUAUGUGCCUUUAAUAAUGAGGUCAAAUUAAACUCAACAAAUCUUUACAAUUUUUAACCGGAGAUGGAACUUUUCUAGAUGAUUUUAGCACUGAUUUUGAAUCUGAGUAAUAAUAAUAAUAAUAAUAAUAAUUUAUAUAGUAAUAAAAAUGUAUAUAGUACUUUAGUAUUAAAUGUAGUCAUUUAUUAAUGAAGGGUUAGUUUCAGCAACAGGUGGAAUUUUUGUGCUGAAACGUCAGAGCAAUAAAUUACAAUCAUGUUAAAAAUUUUAUUGUGCAAGCUUAAAAAAAAUUUGUAUCUGAAUUUUUUGGUUAUAAAUUUAUUUACAAACGAGAGCACCAAAUGAAAUUAUAUGGAGCCAGGUAAUUAAUUAUUUUGUAUAGUAUACAUAAUGCUGUGUGUAUGGUGCCAAUGCAUUGAUGGAAAGUCUAAUCUAUUUUUCCUUUGUGUCAAAGAGAGCCACCCCCGCCACCCCCUUUAAAGGUUUUGUGAGGGAGGUGGUACCCUGGCUGACAUGCUAACACGCCGCUGUUGGAGGACAAAGAGCAGCAAAGGACAUUUUGGGAAAAAUUCUUACCCUCAACUCCAGAAGGAUAAAAGUAAAAAGGGGACCUGAAUGGAAGAAAGAUUGUGGGCGUGUUCUUAGCUAUAAUUGGACUCUCUUGUACCUGCUGCUGGCAUCACCACAUGAGCCUCACAACACACAUAAACACACACACGCACACACACACACACAGGCUUACACACACCUCCGUGCUGCUGUCAAGUUGUGCUCUCCAUUCUGCAGAUGUCGCACCCGAUGAGCUUCAACGUGUGUUUGCUGGUGCUGCCGGCGAUGUCACUGCUGCUCUUCUCUCCCAUCGGUCGGAGCGAGGAGAACGUCACCCUCAGCCCGGGCUGUCACUUGCAUCCUUUCAACGUGAGCGUCCGCAGCGACCGGCGGGGCACCUGUCGAGGCACCUACCUGGUGCACGCCUGCGUGGGCUACUGCGAGUCCAGCGCCUUUCCAUCCAGGUACUCGGUGCUGGUGGCCUCCAACUUCACGCACAACGUCACGUCAGCGGCAAGAUGUUGCACCAUCACCAAGGAGGCAAAGGUCAAAGUCCGCCUGGAGUGUCCCGGCGGGCGUCACCACGACGAGUUGGAGAUCCCGACGGCCAAGGCGUGCCGCUGCGACAUGUGCCGCACGUCCCGCUACUGACCGCAACCAGGAUCGGAACCGACCAUUACAGUUGACGUGCACUAAAGAAAAUACAGCACUAGAGAAAAUCCGGUUUCCUAUUUCCGCUGUUGGUUCAGAAAACGGAUGGACUUUGAAAAUGUGGUGUACAAUCCACUUCAAGACAGGAGCGGACAUUUUGGAUAGAAUUACACAAUUUACAAUAAUCACUAACCAUGAACAAAAAGACUAAAGAAUGUAAAAGCAUCAAAUAUUUAUUUGAUUUGAAUGGUUUUUAUUGUAAAUUAUAUAUUUUGGAGGAACCAAAGAGUGUUUGAAAUGACAGGAAAUGUAAAGGAAAAGGUACAUAUUUUGAAUAUUUUUUACAUUGUGUGAAUUAAAGCAAAAGACUUUGGAA